ACCACACACACUCUGCUUUUGUCAGCUCCCGGGAUGAGCGACAAGCGGCCGAACGGAAGAAACUAAACAACCGGUGACAUUUUCCUUCUUGUUACACUCGUGCUGAAGAUGCUGAGUAAGUUCAGCUAAUGGAACCGGCGUCAUCCAUGGAUGUAUCCCCGGAGGUCUCCAGUGCGCACCGCGGAAUCAGAGGCGAGAUUGCUUUUUGCGGAGGAAAUACGCCUUCCGAGCAGGGGAGCGACCAAUCAGCCGGGGCCGACCAAAGAUAAACAAGCCUUAUGAUAAGAUCAAACUCUCAGGUUUACCCAGGCUGUGAGCAGCCGUCGUGAACCAUCAUGCUGGCCUGUAUCCAGAGACGACAGAACCUCCCGUCGCAGCGUCUGGCCUGCACUCCCAAAAGCCUCGAUGUUGCUCCGCCGCCAUUACUGCUGCCGGUGCCGCCGCUGCAGCCCUGCACCCGCAAAGGCGAGCUGGCCACCGUGAUUUCCCGGUACCCCUCUCCUGCAGAGCUGGAUGCUUUCGCCCAGCGGAACGCCAACAGCCCGCUGUCCAUCAAAAUCUUCCCCUCCGAUGUUCGGGUGCCGCAGCAGAAGCAGCUCAACAAAACCGUCAACGGCCUGGACACCACGGGCACCCACCGCUACAGCCCGUACCCCGGCUCAGGAGGCCUGCUGGCCGUCAAACACUCCGAGGUGGUCCGAAGCGGGGUGAAGAACUCUGAGGGCAGGAGGACUAAACAUGCAAACAACCACCAGGCCUCCGUGGCACCGUAUAACAAUCCUCUGAAUAAUGGCUACGCUGUCAGACAUGGGCACAAGGCCUAUCAUAUCAGCGCAUGUAAGCUCUCUGAUGUGCCCAUUGAGACUCUCUGUUCCGGUGGGGGGAGGACCUCCAGAGACCGGAGCGUGCUCCCCCGGUCGGAGCUGGCGGAGGUUCAUAGCCUGAUGAGGCAGAUGAGCCGAGUUCCCCACAGCCAGGCCCUGCAGCUGGGGGGGGAGGCGCGGGCCAGCCCCACCGUGCAGGCCGUGGCCGCGGUGGCACAUUCCGACUCCGACUUUGUCCUGGGGGUGCCGCCCCAGAGCAGCCUGGCAUUCACGGGAGCGAUGCUGCCCACGCAGAGUGCAGACAUCGCCAAAGCCGGCUACCUGGAGGAAGGGGACUACGCGCUGUGGCAGCACAAGCAUCCGAUUCAGCAGCAGCAUCCGUCCUAUCAGCAGGUGGCAGUGAGGAUGUACAGUGUGAGUAACGCUGCUCAGGGGCAUCGAGCAGCACAGGCCGGCGUUGGCCAGUCUCCCGAAUCCUGCCUCCCUUUGGCGUGCUCCUCUCAGCUGGCCUACAGGCCGCCUCCUCCCGGUGCGGGUGCCGGGCAGGAGCGAGUCGGCAGCUCGUCACUGAGCUGUGCCGCCAUGCAGGGCGGGGGGGCCGUCGGACAGUACUUCGCUCCCCUCUGGGACGGCGUCCUGGCCACCCCACACAGCGACUGUUAUACCUCUCAGGUGCUGGCAACGGGUCCAUGCGCGGCCAGGCCUAGGGACAUGGGCUUCUCCCACCCCCACCUCCACCCUCACUGCCAUCAACGCCCCCACCACCCUCAGCAUCAUCAGCCUCAGCUGCACCCUCCUCUCCCCCCUCACAUGCAGGCCUACAGCACGGACCCGAACCUCUGUUGUGGCCUGCCCACUUCCAGCCUGUGCCACGCCGCAGUGCUCAGCAGCAGCCUGCAGUCUCUGGAGUGCCUCAUCAGUGACAUCCACCCUCCCUGCAUCAAGGAGCGCAUGCUGGGCCGUGGGUACCAAGCCAUGGGAAUGCCUCAGCUGCUGGAGCACCACCAGACAGCCCACCUCCAACUCCCCGUCUACAGAUAAGACGAGGCGCUGGGGGGGGGGGGGGGCGGAGGUGACAAACCUGACAGCGGAGGCAUGUCAGCUCAGACGUCUGCGAGAAGGAGACAUGCCUUUUUACGCCCGUGCAUGAACUGUAUCGGGAGACGGCUUGGUGUUAGAAGCCUGAAGGUAAAUGAUAAUCACGACCUAAGAUAGAGGUUUAUCUUAUGGACCUUUUUCUGUUUUUAUUUUUAUAUCUUAAAAGGCUGUUCUCCGUUUGACACCGAUGCUGGGCACCCAAUCACGAUUCGCCAUCUUAUUCGAACAUGUAAACACUGUCUGUUGUUUCUCUGUCGGCCUUUUGGGAAACCUGCGAAACUGAAAUAAUCAUUGGUACUCGUCUAGAAACACUUGAAUCUGACAGUUUAUGAAUAUAUGUUUUUUUUUUUUUUUUCAUAUUUGAGAGGGAGCGUUUCUUGAUUAUUAACUCACAUUCUGCUCGUCUGUUACUUUAAUGUGAAUCUGGUUUUUCAGUGUUAACAGACAUGUGCUUCAGCAGUAUGACGCCGGUGAACAUCUUUUUUGAUCAUUGUGUGUUUGUGUCAUGCAGUUAUAGACAAAAGUGAUGUAACUCAGCAUCGGAAUUGUUUUUGAUGUAGUCCCGCUCAGCUCAGCCUAUUAUGGAUAAUCAACACUGUGGCGUCUGUGGCCGAGCAGGAUGUGCAGUUUGGUUGUGUUUUUGUCAAGAUUUCUAAAUGAGGGAUGUGUUAGGAUGUGACAGUUGUUGUGGCAGCGUAACACGACACCUGGGAAUGAUGGAGUGCCAUGUUGUGGAGAGCCGGCCGCCUGAGUCAUUUACACUCCUCUUCUUUUUUAGGGCUAUAUGAUCUCUGACAGCGUGCGACGUGUGACUGAGGAGAUCUGUGUGUGUGUGUGUGUCUGCACUGGUUGUGUAAAACUAUUUAUUUAUGUCGGCCUGUUGAGUUCCAUAGCAAACUGUCUCUAUAAUUAUAAAGUGCAAUUAUUCUAUAUGGACAUGUGAACGCUCUCCAUGAACUAUGAUGUUGAAAUGACUACAUUUUGCAAUGUAUGACCUCGAUCCCCCCCCCACCCCCACCCCCCCUUUGGCCUCUUCUUAAUAAGGAUUGUCAAGUAAAUGAAAUUUUCUAAACCCAGCCCAGAGUUUGUGUUAUUAAAUGAGAUUAUUUAUUAUCCGUCCGACGUGGAGCUGAGGAGACGGUUUGAUCAUAUUCAUGAAUGAUAAAAAUGGUUGUGGAAAGGAAAGGAGACAUGUUUCUGCUUUUAUUGCAAAGGGAUUUAUAGCUUAACCACCGGGCAUGUCUCU